AUGGCGCGUCCCAGCCUCCUGCUGCCGAUGGCCCUGGCCUUGCUCGCAUUCUGCCUCCUGGCGCUGCCCCGCGACGCCCGGGCCCGGCCGGGGGACCGCAAGGUCGGAGAACUGCAGGAGUUGUCACCCAGCGACCCGCAGGUGCAGAAGGCGGCGCAGGCGGCCGUGGCCAACUACAACAUGGGCAGCAACAGCGACUACUACUACCGCGACAUCACCGUCCUCCGGGCCCACAGCCAGCUGGUGGCGGGCAUCAAGUACUACCUGACCGUGGACAUGGGGAGCACGGCCUGCCGGAAGAGUGCCGUGGCUGGAGACCACGUAGACCUCACCACCUGCCCCCUGGCCGCAGAAGCAGAACAGGAGAAGCUGCGCUGUGACUUUGAGAUCCUUGUGGUUCCCUGGAAGAACUCCUCCCAGCUUCUAAAGCACGACUGUGUGUCCCUGUAG